UUUUUAUUCCCCCAAAAAAAAAAAAAAAAAAAUCACUACCAUCUUCUCUGUCUCUCUCUACUUAGCUGUCUGUCUCUGUUGUUGUGCCCCUCUCUCUCUUUUUUCUCUUUCUCUCUCCUACCUGUCUUCGAGACUCUGCUGCUUCAUCAUCGGAAGAUCAGUUUGAGAGCUCUACAGUGUAAUAUCUUAAUCAACUGAAGUCAGCAGCAAUAUUUGGAAAUGGUAAACAGGUAUGGAGACUUUUGAUUUACAGCAAUUAUCAUGGUGCAGUGUAUAGAUGGAAUUCAGCAUUUAUUUCUUUCCAUUUUGCGGUGCUGUGAAAUUGAUGGUACCAAACCGCCGCGAGGUCUUGAAGAUCCUGAGCGUCUAGCGAGGGAGACUGUCUUUAGUGUGAGUGAGAUAGAGGCACUUUAUGAGCUUUUUAAACGAAUCAGCAGUGCUGUGAUUGAUGACGGUCUCAUCCAAAAGGAAGAGUUUCAAUUGGCCUUGUUUAGGACCAAUAGAAGGGAGAGCUUGUUUGCUGAUAGGGUCUUUGACUUGUUUGAUACAAAGCACAAUGGAGUUUUAGGCUUUGAGGAGUUCGCUCGUGGACUCUCUGUAUUCCAUCCACAAGCUCCCAUCGAACAAAAAAUCGAUUUUUCUUUUAAGCUUUAUGAUCUCAAGCAACAAGGUUACAUUGAGAGGGAGCAGGUGAAGCAAAUGGUUGUGGCUACAUUAGCUGAAACUGGUAUGAAUCUUGCAGACCAUGUUAUUGAAGAAAUCAUCACCAAGACCUUCGCUGAAACAGAUACCAAACAAGAUGGUAAGAUUGACAAAGAAGAAUGGAGAACCCUUGUCUACCGACAUCCUUCACUGCUGAAGAACAUGACCCUUCAAUAUUUGCAGGAAAUUACAAUUACGUUUCCGAGCUUUGUGUUCCAUUCUCAAGUUGAUGAUACCUGAAUUCCAUUCAAGUUUUGAUCUUUGGAUCGUUUCAUCCGUUGAUUUAUUGAUUGAUUUUGCUUUUACCAGACAAAUAUUCAGCAUGGUUUUUUUUCCUUUAUGGAACCCUUUUGUACAGACUACAGAGGUUUGAAAGAAUUGCUUCAUUAUACAUUAUGAAUCAUGAUUAGCUUUUAAAUAAUGUAACUUCUUUCUUUUGCGUACUUUUUUCUCGUUUGUUUUUUUCUUAUAUAUUUCAAGUGACAAGGGGACUAUAUGUUAAGUGACACGUAUA